GCUGCACCGACCUGAGUAACACCUGGUCGCGUUCACUUACAACCAACCACCUUUGAACCCCGCAGCCUGGAGACCAUGUCAGCGCGCAUCAAUUGACAUUGCCACAUCCACCUCACCUCCAUCAACUCACCUCCACCUACCUACUACCUACCACACACCACAUUACUACAACGUACAAUACCUACGUACCAACCUCACACUCGCAACGACCACCAAAAUGGCCUCACCAAAUCACACACAACCCUCCACCCACCCGAUCACGCCCCCCGCCGAGCCUUCCACUGCCACCACCAACGCGAACACCACCAGCCAACCCACCGCACCCAACUCGAACCCGAACCCCAACCCGAACACCACCACAACCACAACCGCUAACACAAACACCACCUUACCCGCUGCUGCGCCGACACAAAUCCCCUCGACUUCCCUCAAAGACAGCGGCAAGACGCGACGGCCGCGCGAUGUCCGCCUCAUCCACAUGCUCCUUUCCUCCCUCGGCGUAACAGCCUACCAAGAGCGCAUUCCGCUACAACUCCUCGAUUUCGCCUACCGCUACACGUCCUCGGUGCUGCAAGACGCCGUGCACCUGGCCACAGAAGGCUAUGCGGGCUCGACGGACGGCGGUCCCAGCUCCUCUCGCGCGCCCGCCGAAAUCAAUAGCGUCUCGCUGCCCGCGCUGCGGCUGAGUAUCGCGUCCCGCCUGCAUUAUCAGUUCCAGCCGGGGUUGCCCAAGGAGUUUCUUAUGGAUGUUGCUGCGGAGAGAAAUCGUGUGGCGUUGCCGGGGGCGAGUCGUGGGUUUGACACGCAGGGUGCGGCGAAGGCGCCCGCUGCUAAUCAGAGUGUUGUGAUGGGGGGCAUGAGGUUGCCGCCGGAGAGGUUCUGUUUGACGGGCACUGGGUGGGGGUUGAAGGAUGAGUGGGAGAGCGAGGGUGAGGAGGAAGAGGUGGUUGAGGGAGAGGGCGCUGGGAUUGGCAAUGGGGACGGCCAGGGGGAGAAUGGCGUGCUUGGGAAGAAGGAGGAGGGGGAUGGGGAGGAAGAAGAAGAGGAUGAGGAUGGGAAGAUGGAGGAUGUGUUUGGGGAGGAUACUACCAUGGGUGAAGGGGAUAGGGGUGGGGAUGGCGAUGGGGAUCGGGAUAUGGAGGAUGUUUAA